AAGUCAAACUCACUGUCACUCAGUCAAUGGUGAAAAUUGAAAUAAUUACAUUUAAUUUUUUCUUUGGAUUACUUGAUUGAUUUGAUUUAUAGAAGAAAACAAAUAUCUGUUCUAAAUUAUUUAAUUAAUUACACCAAUAUAAUUCAUAUAAUUAACAUAAAAAAGUAGUGAACGAAAGUGAAAAACAUUCCAGUAUGACAUCAAAUGAAAAAGAACCGGAUAAAAAUGAAGAAACUCCGGACGAAAACCUGCCUACAGAGAACAGCGAAGAAAACGAUAAACUUGCUCUAUCUGAAUACGUAUCAAACCUGGAAGCCAGGAUCAAGUAUAAAUCUGAAUUGCGAAAUCAGAAUCUUACCUGUGUUCGCCCGCCAGACAAUCACUUUUCAAAACUAGAUUCGGGCUUAAAGAAAAACACCACUUUUGUAAAGAAGUUAAAAUCGUUCAGCGCCACGCAACUGGACGCACUUUCUAAAGAUCUAAACACACUUAACCUUACGAAAUAUAUAUCUGAAGUGGCUGCUGCAAUUGCAGAGGCAAAACUUAAAAUGUCAGACAUUUCAGCCGCUAUAAACCUCUGUUCAGUCUUGCAUCAGACAUAUGCAGAAUUUUCCACGUUUUUUUUCGAAAACUGGCAAAAGAUUUUAACAUUUAAAACAACAGAUAAGAUAACUAACUCUUCAAAAUUGCGAGUAGAUCUACGUUUUUAUGCAGAGCUGAUUGCUGUCGGUAUUUUCACAAAUAAAACAGGUUUACCACUCUUGGGAAAUGUGCUCACAGUUUUGAUAAACAUGGAUAAAGAGGAACACAAUAAUAUCCCUAUAUUGUUAACUUUUUGUAAACAUUGCGGUGAAGACUAUGCUGGUUUGGUACCAAAAAAAAUUAAAGAUACCGCUGAGAAACUUAAUGUUACUAUUCCUAGAAACCCAUUUUUACCAGCAGAGAAACAGACUGUUGUUAGAAGUCUACUCAAGGACUAUUUUCUCUCUCUUACCAAACAUUUGUUGGCUGAAAGAACUCAAUUACAAGCAUUGCAUGUGGCCAACCAAAGAACUUUGCACACCAGAGGUGAACUGUCACAAGAAAGAAAAGACCUACUUGAACAACAUCAGGCAACUUAUGACAAGCUAUUAGCAGGAGCACAAAACUUUGCUGAGGUACUCGGUGAAGAAUUGGGAGAAGCUGGUGAGCCUCCAACAUUAUCAUACACUGUGAUAGAGACUCCAGGCACAGUGACUAUUGGUGGCAAUGAAGAGAUCAUCAUGCAAGCUGGCACUGAUCCAUGGCAAGAUGAGGACACAAGAACUUUCUAUACUAGUUUACCUGAUCUUAAAGUUUUCAUGCCAAAUUAUCUGUUAAAAGAGGCGCUCAAGAAUAAACCAGAAACUGUUACUGAAGAAAUGCUUGAUGAAGACUUAAAGGAAGAUGAGCUUAGCGAUAGUGAAGAACCUUUAGUUGUACCUGAUGUUGAGCAAGAGGAGGUUCAUCAUACAAAUGUUUCCAAUAAAUAUGCUCUUGAAGCAUUUUUGAAUGAAUUGCCAAACUGCAUAAAUCGUGAAGUAAUAGACAAUGCCGCAGUUGAUUUCGUUUUGAAUCUCAAUACAAAAAAUAAUAGAAAAAAAUUAACACGAGUUCUCUUUAGUGUUGCCAGGACAAGGCUUGAUUUGUUGCCAUUCUAUUCAAGAUUCGCAGCUAUACUAUAUCCAGUUUUACCUGAUGUUUGUGCAGAUCUUUGUCAAAUGCUAAAACAAGAUUUUAAAUAUCACGUCAGGAAGAAAGAUCAGAUCAACAUUGAAUCCAAGAUCAAAGUAGUAAGGUUUAUAGGCGAAUUGGUGAAAUUUGGCCUAUACUCUAAAAUGGAGGCUUUGUAUUGCUUAAAAGUGUUACUGCACGAUUUUAAGCAUCAUCACAUUGAAAUGGCUUGCAAUCUGUUAGAAACUUGUGGAAGAUUUCUAUACUGCAAUCCCGAUACACACCAGAGGACAAUGAUUUACUUGCAGCAAAUGAUGAGAAAAAAGACAGUUUCAGCUCUCGACUCCAGAUACGUCACACAAAUAGAAAACGCAUUUUACUAUGUAUGUCCACCUGAAACGAUAACCACACCAAAGGAAGAGGAACCGCCAAUGCAUCAGUUCAUAAGAAAAAUACUUCACGAAGACUUGCAAAAGAGUAAUGAGGAAAAAAUCCUGAGGUUAAUGAGGAAACUCAAUUGGGAUGACAAUGAAGUUUGUUCAGUAGCAAUACAGCAUUUAGCUGGUGGCUGGCGAGUAAGGGCCAGUGCUAGACGUGCAUUAGCACGACUAACUGCUGAGUUAGCCGCUUGGCAAGAAUCUGUUGCUCCAGCCGUAGUUGAUGCUAUACUGGAAGAAAUAAGAGUAACAAUGGAAGAUCCACACCCCAGAUACAAUCAGAGAAGAAUAGCGACUGUCAGAUAUCUCGGGGAGCUGUAUAAUUACAAACUUUUAGACUCCAAAGAUGUUUUUACAGUCCUUUAUUCGCGUAUCACCUUUGGUGUGACAAAUGAUCACAGUAACGUAUCUCCAUUAGAUCCACCAGACAAUGUGUUCAGAAUCAGAUUAGUUUGUGCAUUGCUUGAAACAUGUGGAGCAUACUUCAACAGUGGAUCAAGCAAAAAGAGGCUGGACUAUUUUCUUGUAUUUUUUCAAAAUUACUAUUUGUUCAAAUAUUCUGAUCCAUUUUGGACCGAGGAAAACAAAUUUCCUAUAUAUGUUAAUUACAUAUAUCAAGAGUGUUUGACCAGUUUGAGGCCAAAAAUUGUUUUGUACACAAAUUGGCAAGAAUGUAAGGAUGCCAUUGAAGAAAUUAGACUAACAUUAUAUCCGGAAAUGGGUGAGGAAGAACAAUAUGACAAUGAUGAUCAAGGAGAAGAUAGUGCAGCUGAUGGGCUGAACACUAUUAUAGAAACAGAUGAUGAAACAGAUAACCCGACAAUGUUGGAUGAAAGUUCAGAUGAUGACCCCAUCACAGAAAACACUGGUAAUGAUGAUAAUGAUGUGCAAGGAGAUGAAAUGGCCCUUGAGCCACGGCGGCCUACUCCUAAGCCGGUUGAAGAUGUUGAGUUUGAAUCAGCAUUUGAAAAAAUGGUAAUGGAAAAUAUUGCAGACAGACAACGUGAGAACAGACCUCAGCAAAGGGAUAUUGCGGUGCCAAUGACUUGUCGACAGACAACCAAGAAGACUUAUGAGCAAUUAUUGCAAGGUGAAGCAGGUGUGGAGUUUGUCCUGAUGGUUAGAAAAGGAACAAAACCUCAAUACAAAUCAUUCAGUGCACCUCCAGAACUUGCGAGUAAUCUACAGCAACAGGCUUUAGCAGAUAAACAAGAAAUGGAGAGAGUGAAACGUUUAACGUUAAACAUAUCUGAGAGACAAGAAGAAGAAGAGUACAGUGCAGAGAGUGGUGGAGGGUCUGGAGGAAGUGGUAACCCUAAUAGAGGUCAGCACGUUCGCCAAAAAUAUCAACAUCCUAAAGGAGCCCCUGAUGCUGAUCUCAUAUUUGGACCGAAGAAAUUUAAAUAAAUGUAUUGCACACUUUCAUAAUCAAUAUAUCUUUGAUUAAUAUAAGCUUGUUAACAUGCCUGUUGAAAAAUAUAUAUAUAAUUGUAUAUAAAAUGAG